CAAGUGGAUAAUUAUCCAAGUCGGUUGGUAAACUGUUCAGGUCUUUCUUCUCUUAAUCCAGUCUUUGUUGACAUCAAUAUCGCAAAAUGAGGAAAGGGGACCAGAAGACAGCAAACCGGAAGAAGAUGGAGCAGAGAAAACAAGGGACCUAAUAGAGGAAAAAUCUUAUGAUAACAGUAAUGGUGGUAGUGAUUUGACAAGUUUAGGUGGUAUCAUAAGGAGAAAAGUCAGUGAUUUGUUAAAUAGUGAAACAUUUGAAAGAGCGCCGGUAGAUCAAAGACAAUCUUGUCAAACCGCUAGGGCUAUGGAACUGGAACAAAGGUGCAAUGACAAUGUGCCGGACGGUGGAUGGGGGUGGAUUGUGACUAUUGCAUGUUGGUCUUGAUAAUUGACGGAAUCUCGUUUUCGUUCGGGAUUUUCUACAAAGAGCUCCUGCUACACUUUCAAGAGAGUAAGAGUCUCACUUCCUUGAUUAUCUCCGUGCUAAACGGAACCUUCCUCGGCAUAAGCGCCGGAGCUAUGGGACAGGAACGUUAUUGCUAUGAAAACGCACCGGACGGAGGAUGGGGAUGGGUAGUGACUUUUGCAGCGUUUAUGGUGGGCGUGAUUUUGGACGGGAUCUCGUACUCGUUCGGAAUUUUCUACAUUGAGCUGCUUCAACACUUCCAGGAGAGCAAGAGUCUCACUUCCUUAAUAAUCUCUGUGCUAAAUGGAACCUACCUUGGUAUAGAUCCUAUAGCGAGUAUCCUGGUGGCAGUGUAUGGAUACCGAACCGUGGCCAUCUUCGGAGCCUGCCUUGCUUCCGUCUCAUUCUUCCUGUGUACGUUUUCCCCCAACGUUCGCAUCAUGAUCCUCGUAUAUGGCCUACUGGGAGGUGCGGGUCUGGGGCUGGUGUACCUCCCGGCAAUCGUUUCCGUUGGCCACUAUUUCAAGAAAAAGCGUGCCCUCGCCACCGGAAUUGCCGUAUGCGGAAGUGGCAUCGGCGCCUUCGGAUUUGCGCCGCUAAGCGAGUUCCUUAUAAAGAAAUACACGUGGAAGGGUGCCAUGAUGAUCAUGUCUGCCAUUGUGCUCAACUUGGUACCUAUAGCCGCCCUCCUACGACCCCUCGAGGACUCGCGUUCUUACUCUAAGCGAAUGCAGGAUAGUGUGAGAAAUAAAUCAUCGCCUGCAAAGAAGUGUUGUGACUUUGAUAUCUCGUCCACGUUCAAUUUCGAGUUACUUAAAAGCCCAACAUUUCUUGUAUUUGGAAUGUCAUCCUUUAUUGAUACUCUUGGAUCUUUCAUACCGUUUAUAUACAUUCCGGAUCUACUGAACGACAAAGGUAUGACGUCAUUGCAAGGUGCGAUGAUCAUUGCCAUAAUCGGCAUAACUAACACGGUGGUUCGUGUGUUUGUCGGCUGGUUGGCGGACCGACCCUGGGCCGACGCUAUCAUAAUCAAAGCGGUGAUAGUAUCUUACCAAUCUAUUAUCCUGGCUGAGUUGCUGGGUAUAGAGAAACUGACGUCUUCUUUCGGGCUCCUUACAAUGUGCAAGGGGAUAUCAGCCAUUAUAGGAGCACCCAUAGCAGGCGCGUUGUCGGACGAGGCGGGCGACUACAAAGGAGCAUUUUAUCUGGCUGGAAUCACAAUUGCUUUUUUCCGGUGUCAUCUCCUUCCCGCUUCGCGCAAUAAACCGCUGGGAGAAACGGCGGGAAAAGGAACGUAACAACAAGAUAAACGGGAACGUGUUCACCUCCGACAUUGAGAUCCAGAUCACAUCAACAAGUCGUGAGGCACUUCGGGUAUAACGUGCGAAAGAGAAAUUUGGAUUAACAACAAAUGUCGAUGACCUUUAUUACAAUUUCGUCUGAAGUAAACGUUGGAUUCCCCUUUUGAUGCUCUUACUCUUAUUCAUCAUUCUCCCUGAAUGUCAAUUAUUAACUCUUGCGUCAAUAUAAUAUAUUAUAGUGUUUAAGAUAUGUUCCCUAUGUGAGAUUUGUAUUAUCUUUAAAAAUAACUUUUAUGUGCAUGUAAUUGAUUGUUGGAAAGUUGUUGGAAUCAUUUUGUUUUCACUUUCAGCCAUGAAAGCUCAAAGAACAUUUGACAUAAUGUAUAUCUAAAUUUUGUUUUUGUGCUGUUUGUUUUGCAUGUUUCUGUUUGACCGGACACAUAAUAUGUAUCAUGUGCUUCCGAUUCGGAUGAAAAAGUCAAACCAGGGCAACUGUGUGAGCCAGCAACGAAGUUUGCCGACGCCUUCUUAUUUUAGAUCAUUGUUGACGUCAAACAUUUUAUAUUUAAAUCGAUUUUGCGACGGUGUUUUUAUUUCUAAUUAAAUCAUCAUCAUGUAUAAAUAUCUAUUGAUGUACUCCUAAUUAAAAUUACAGAAUGUAAGCACGAUCAACUAAAGAGUAAACAUUAUAAUAGCGGGGCGCGAUGUUGUCGUCUGACUUUUCUAAUACGGCAAAAUUCACCGAAAAUACCUUUCUGGCACACCGGACAUGGAUAAAUGUUAAAUCACUACCCGUCCUGAAUGCAGUAAGCAAAGUAUUAUGCGCGUUUUGGUAAAAUGUACAGAACAUGCGUUACCUAUGGCAUUUUUUGCACAAAUAGAUUUGAAAUAUGCCAUAAAAAGGCCAACCAUGUGCUUACGGUUCGGAUCGAAAAUGGUACGUUUGUAAACUGAAAACCAGGACCGAAAAUGCACAUGAUAUAUAGUAUUGAUCUGGGAGUUUUCGUUGUGUACUAAAAUGACUAUAUAAGCUGUCAUCAUUUAAUUACUCUUAGCCUUCACUGUCUUCAUGAUGAUACUGGACCAAGUAAGGCUUAUAUUUUUAUUUUUGCAAUUAUUCUUGAAUGUGAGGUUGUGUAUAAAUAAAACAAUUUAA